AGUUUCGGAGUCCAGAAGGUUCGCGCGAGAACCCGAACUCCCCCUUCCUCCCCGUCCGUCGCUGGCAGACGAAAUCCUCUUCCGAUCCAUCACAGAGCCGAACAUUCCAGACCCCGCAGCUUCCCCACCCCGGCAGCAGCUCAAAAUCCAACCACCCUCCGAUCCAACGCCGGUUCUGCCUCCACAGUCCUAACCCCGAAACCAAACGAUCCGGCGCGACCCCUGCCACGGCCCACAGCGAGCCAUGGACGUGCUGAAGCGCGAGCUGCAGCGCAAGCGCCAGCUCCUGGACGCCGACUUCGGCGGUCGCAAAGUCCUCCGCCGCGCCGAGAUCGAGGCCCGCGAGGUCCAGCGCAUCCGCGAGGCCGAGUGCCAGCUCCUCCUCCACAAGCGGCUCCGGGGCGCCCACUCCCACCCCGCCUCCUCGCCUUCUGGUUCCUCCUCGAACUCCUCGCCCACCUCCGCCGCCGCCGCCGACGCGUCGCGGGGGGAGAACGGUCAGAGUGGCCCAGCGGAGACGCUCCCAAGGGAGGAGGUCAUCCGGCGCCUGCGGGUGCUGCGCCAACCGGCCACGCUCUUCGGUGAGGACGACGACGCGCGCCUCCGCCGCCUCCACGAGGUCCUCGAGGACCCCGCCUCGCUCGCCGACGUCGACGCGGCGGAGAUCCGGGAGGGGCAGACCAACGACUUCCUCCGCGACAUCCAGGCGCUGCGGACCAAGGCGGCCGCGAAGCCCAAAGCCGGCGCGGAGGCCCAGCGGAGGGAGGGCAACGGCGAACCGAGGGCGGUGCCGUUCGAGGAGCUCUGCGACGAGGAUAAAAUCGUCGCGUUUUUCGGGAGGCUGAUGGGCGAGUGGAGCCAGGAGGUGGACGAGGUGCCGGAGGCGGAGCGGCGGACGGCCAAGGGGAAGGCCGCGGUGGCCACCUGCAAGCAGUGCGCGCGCUACCUCGAGCCGCUCUUCAAGCAGUGCAAGAAGAAGGCUCUCCCUCCUGAUGUCCGACAAGCAUUGCUGGAGGUGGUCAAGUGCUGCAUGAGACGAGACUACUUGGCUGCAGUGGACAACUAUAUCAAGCUAGCGAUCGGCAACUCACCGUGGCCAAUUGGUGUGACAAUGGUUGGUAUCCAUGAGCGAUCGGCCCGGGAAAAGAUCUGCACGAACAGCGUGGCUCACAUCAUGAAUGAUGAGACAACCAGGAAGUACUUGCAGUCUGUGAAGAGGCUCAUAACAUUCUGCCAGAGGAAGUACCCCACCGAUCCAUCAAGAUCAGUUGAGUUCAACAGCCUGGCCAACGGCAGUGAUCUGCAGUCUCUCCUGGCAGAGCAGAACGCGAAGAAUUCAGAAGAAACGCUUCGGUUAGUCGCUGCGUUGUGACAAUAAAUUGCAGAAUUGUGCUGGAAAUUCUUGGCAUGGGUCCGAUUCUUGUGUGAUUUAUUUCCAGCUCGAGAAUUGCUUACUUCUAAGAACCUGAAUCGCAUA